AUUGCGUCGACGCCGAUCGUCAAGACAACGAUGCAGGCGUCGACGCCGAUCGUCAAGACAACGAUGCAGGCGUCGACGCCGAUCGUCACGACAACGAUGCACGCGUCGGCGCCGAUCGUCAAGACAACGAUGCAGGUGUCGACGCCGAUCGUCAAGGCAACGAUGCAUGCGUCGACGCCGAUCGUCAAGACAACGAUGCACGCAUCGACGCCGAUCGUCAAGACAACGAUGCAGGUGUCGACGCCGAUCGUCAAGACAACGAUGCAUGCGUCGACGCCGAUCGUCAAGACAACGAUGCACGCAUCGACGCCGAUCGUCAAAGCGACGCCUCCACCGUGGGUCGACUGCUUCGGAUUCGACGCGCUGGUCUCCGAGUCGGACCUCCUGCCGUCGCCCGUUGUCACGAAGCUGGCACGGCGCUCGGUCGGGACGUCGGUGGGGCACCGGCGCCGUGACAUCGACGCGUCCGCUCUCCUCGAGGACUCCGGGUGCGGACUAGAGUUGUCGUCGACGUCGGCGGUGGCGUCGGCGCUCUCGACGGCCGGCGGACGCAGCGCGGUG